AUGAGUAUUGAACAGUCUUUGGAGGAUGUUAGGUCGAAGAUUAUAGCCUCGAUGGCGUCGAAAAACAGUGGUGAUUCGAAUUCAUCUAGUGGUCAAGAAGAUAAUAAAAGGACUAAAUAUGAGAGGUUACCUAGUGGUCCAAGACAAGGUAAUCAAAGUAGAUUUGAGAACAAGGAUGUUGGGUAUUCAAAUUAUCAUAAUCGCCAACAACACCAGCAUCAACAUCAACAUCAACACCAACCGUCGGGCAGUAGGUAUAGAGGGAAUACAUACAACGAUAGAACAUCGAAUAGGUACAACAAUGGUUAUCGUAUGAAUAAUAGGUACCAGGGUGGUAAUAAUAACAAUAACAAUGGUAAUAAUAGACCAUAUCAAAAGAUGGCAAUGAGAGGUAAUAAUAAUGUUGUUAACCCUUUAGAUAUUUGUGAUUUCUCUUUUAGAGAUGAAGAGCUGGCAAAUGUGACGUCUAUUGACAAGAGGCAAAGAAUGAAACCUACUAGAUGGGAUGUGACACCAGAAGGGUUUGAGAAAGUUUUAGCAGAGAGAGCUAAACUAUCUGGGUUGUUCCCACAACCUGGUCAACCACAAGAAUUAGACAGAACGAAAUUAGCAAGAGUUGUGUUUCAUGGAGGUACUAAAAGCAGAAGAACAAGGAUAUUGUUCGAAGACGCUACUGAGAAUAUGCUGAAUGAAUCUAAAGCUAGUUGUCAAGUUGUGAUUACUGGUGUGAAGAAAGAAUUUGAAUUACCAUCAUUGGAAAAUCUAGUGACGGUCAUGUUGGAAGGAAUGGAAGAAGAAUACGAGCUAAAAUCUAUAAAGAAAGCUACGAAUAAAGGGGAAGAGGAUGACCAUGAGGGAUAUGUAGUGAUAGAGGUGAAUUGUGGUGAGGCUGCUACUAUUCUUAUUUCUGCUCAAUGGUAUAUCAAGGAUAAACUUGGCGAAGCAUUUGAUGAAGCAAAGUGGAGUCGACCAGGAAGUUAUAUUGGUCAGACAGGCGAAGAAGACAGCAUCAGUGAUCAUUCUGCGAUUGCAAUAAAGGUUGACCAAGAGGAUGAGAAAAACAUACAAGAGAAAUAUGGACCAUUAAAAUUUACCAAAAUGAUAACAUACAAAGAAAAAAGUGCUGAUGGCGAAAGUAAGAUGAUCGACACAGGUAUGAUGCUAAUACCUGGUAUUGAAGAAGAAGAUAAGAAGCUUCAAGGCGUUAAAUGGAUCAAACCUAAUGAAUCGUCAAGUAUGAAACAAGAACGCGGUGGGGUCACGUUCCAAAGCAUCAGCAAGCUAGUGGUUGAGAAGAAGAGGAAAGAAAGCAAGACCUUAUUGUUAUUAAAUUGUGUGGACCCACUAGAUUUGAAAAACCUUCAAUUUCUAGAAGAGAUCAAAGACACCAUUGAAGAAGGAUUGGAAGGAGUAGAGAAAGUAAAGAUUCGGAGUCCUAAUGCGGACUAUCGAUUAAACCUUGAACAUGUCAAUGAAGGCAUUGGGAAUAUAUAUAUAAGAUUCGAUAGCGUUGAAAAUUGCCAGGAAGCUAUUAAACGGUUGUCUGGAUCUAAAUUCAACGACAGAACGGUAUUAUGUAGUUAUUACGACGACAAUGACUUUGAUCAUUUUGAACUUCUAUAG